ACGCACGCUAUGAAUACCCUAUGGUCUCUCUUUGGCAAGGGCAGUCAAGUCAAGCAGGCCCAGAAUGGAGACAUCCAACCGGAGACUGGUGAUGGCUUUCCUGUGCCAAACCACACUCUUUCAUACUGGCGAUCAGAGUUGCACCCUAUAGACUCAUACUGCUCAUCCGAGCAGCUGCCCUCGGAAUGUGAUAUUGCCAUCAUCGGAGCUGGCAUGACUGGGGUCAGCACAGCCUACCACCUUUCACGCCUAUAUGCCGCAAACAAUCUAGAAAAGAAACCAUCAAUCGUUAUUCUCGAUGCUCGUGAGGUCUGCUCCGGAGCCACAGGACGAAAUGGCGUUCAAGCGUUCACUAUGCGUAAAGUGAUGAAAGAGCGUGGUUUGGAUGCUGCCAAUGAGCUUGCCGCUUUUGUAUCUGCUCAGAAAUAUCAGAUGAAGGACGCAGUUGAUAGAGAGGGACUGAACUGCGAAUUUGAGAUGCGACGCAGCUAUGAUGUCUUUAUUGACAAGGGAGAGGCAAUCCAGGCAGAGCACUUAUAUCGUACAGCCACAAAAGAAGGCUACCAAUGGGCGAGGGACCUGGAUUUUGUGGGACCUGAACACGCUGAGCAGUCAGCCAUCAGCAUGCCUGCCUGCAGCCUGUGGCCUUACAAGUUCGUCACACAGCUCCUCUCGCGGUUGGUCGACUCUGGAGUGGUGACUUUGUUCACAAAUACUCCUGUACUAUCCAUCGAUUCCUCAGAUGCCUUGUCCACCCUUCUUCAUACGCCCCACGGAUGUCUGACAACCAAAAGACUCAUAUUUGCUACUAACGCUUACACCCCAGCAAUUUGUCCGUCAUACAAGAACGAGAUCGUCCCCUACAAAGGAACAGCCUGCCAUAUCGUACCUGACAAACCGGUUUCUCCACACCUGAGCCAUACCUAUAACAUUUCCUAUGACCAUCCAGCCGACCAAGCCACAAGAGUGGACUACUUGAAUCCGAGACCAGACAGUGGCAUUGUAGUUGGCGGCGCAAAGUUCCUCUUCGAUGCUGACAAGGACUGCUGGCACGAUACUACGGAUGACAGUACACUUCUCCCCAAUGUCCGCCCUUACUUUGCCACCUACAUGCAAUCUAACUUCAAAGGUUGGGAGAGGAGCAAUGCUAAGACCACACAUCUAUGGACAGGGAUCCAAGGCGAAACAAGGGACGGCUUUCCUUUUGUGGGUAAGAUUCCUGGCAAAGAGAAUUGGUUCGUUGCCGCUGGUUUCAAUGGAGGUGGCAUGUCAUUCAUAUUUUCCUGCAGUGAGGCACUGGCAAAAAUGGUAGACGGUAAGACGUAUGAGGAGACUGAACUGCCAAAGAUGUUCGAUUCUGGAAGGAUGUUAGGCUGA